GCCGCGGAAGGACGGGUAGGGGACCCUGGCGGUUUGCUCCGCUCUGUGGAGGAGCGAUGGGGAGGCGUUGGGCUAGGGCUGAGGUAGGAAGGAACCCAGCCGUCGACGCCUCCUUCGACAUUAGCCCCUGAGCCGUGAUGCGAGCGUGGGUCCUACUCUUCGCGGUGCUCUGCUCCCUCUCAAGAGUCGGAUCGCUACGUUCUUCUUUGCUCAAUAAGAAAGGCUGUGUUUAUGGUAUAGUAGGACACCCAGUGAAAAUAUAUGUAAAAUUACGCCAGAAUAGCCCAUUCCUCGUCUGUAUGGAUUUUAGUCGUGCCAAUAAAGAAACAGUGGACCCCAACUACUUAUGGAUUGGGCCUAAUGAAAAGGCAUUAACAGGAAAUAAUCGAAUAAGUGUAACAAACACAGGACAGCUGAUGGUGAAAGAUUUUCUAGAAGCUUUGUCUGGACUUUACUCAUGCACUCUUUCUUACAAGAGCAUCAAAGCAGAAACUCAAGAAGAAACUAUUGUAAAGAAGAGAUAUGAUUUUAUGGUCUUUGCUUAUAGGGAACCUGAUUAUUCAUAUCAGAUGGCUUUGCGUUUCACCACAAAGUCUUGUAUAGGAAGAUUUAAUGACCUGCUUUUUAAAGUGCUAAAGAAAAUCUUGGAUAAUUUAAUCUCUGAUUUGUCAUGCCAUAUCAUAGAACCAUCAUAUAAAUGCCAUCUUGUUAAAGUUCCAGACCGUGGCCUCAUAAAUGAGCUAUUUAUAGCCUUUCAAGUUAAUCCUUUUGCACCCGGGUGGAAAAAUGCAUGCAAUGUGUCUGUUGACUGUGAAGAUAUCACGAACCAUAAUGUCCUCCAGGCAAGAGAUCGGAUAGAAGAAUUUUUUCGGAGCCAAGCAUAUGUCUUAUACCACCAAUUUAAUAGAAGUAUACCCGCUAUGCAUUUUGUGGACCAUAGCUUUCAGGUUGCACGUAUGGAUAGCUGUCGACCAGGCUUUGGAAAAAAUGAAGGCCUACAUAGCAACUGUGCUAGCUGUUGUGUGGUUUGUAGCCCUGGGACUUUUAGUCCCGAUGUUGAUGUAACGUGUCAGAUUUGCAUUUCUGUCCAUACCUAUGGAGCUAAAUCUUGCCCAUAAACAACAGACAAAACUCCGCAGUGUGAAGACUAGAGGUGAAAGCAUUGCUACCUGCUUGUGGAGGUAGGAGACAUAAGAUGACUCAGUCACAUCCUAGAGCAACACAGAUAACUCCAUAAAAUAGAACCAGUAAGACCAAAACAUUGGAAAGCAAACAUUUUAGAAAGUUCUAAAAACCUUGUUGACAUGGCAACAGUUAAAUGCUAAGAAAGCAUUUGACCCAAUAUCUCCAGUGUACAAAGGAAAGUUUUAAGUAUUGGUGGAUGAUUUUUACUGAAAUAUGUUUUAUUGUACACAAACUGAAUCUUGCUUUGUACCUAAGACUAUAUUAAGGUCAAGAAGAGUAUAGCAAAGCAUACUAUAAUAAAAAGUUUCUAUUUUCCAUAUGUUAAUCUGUUUGAAAUCACUCUUAUGUAAAGUUAUGUAUAUUACCUUUGUAAUUAGACUCAAAAAUAUCUAGUCCCUGUGCUUUUAUUUUUAAAUAAAAGAAUUAUGUUUUUUAGUAUAGGCUUAGAUUUACAGAGUAAUCAAGCAGGUAAUACAUAGGAUUGUAUGCAGUUGUCCUAUAUCUUCAUCCUUCCCUCGUUUUCCCCUAGUGUGA